GGACUGGCAGGGUGCGGUCUGAAGUGGCAACAGAUCGUUUUGGAUCACUCAAAUCCCUUCAAUUCAACUGGAAAGCUGCAGCUUGUUGCACGCCGGCCGCAUAUGGAGAGGAGAAGCUUUCAAUCCAGAGAGGGCACCAACCAAACAGCGGGCGAAAGUGGCUGAUGUUGUGUGACAGUUUCCCAGAGCGAAAGAAAAGAGAGGGAGAGAAACCACAACACUGCAACUUGGAUAUCAGUAACCGCUCUCUCUCUUUAACUCUCUCACCCACCAAAUCGACUUUGAACCUGUUUGUUUAAAUACACGGACUUUACAGCCUGCACGCUUACUGUUGAUUGUGUAAGGCGGAGGGAGCGAAGUUUCUCAAUUUGGGUCCAUUUUUUUGGGAGCUGCUAAAAACUUUUUGGUGUCCUCAUGGUGCCUGGGGCUGCCGAGGUGCGCUUCUUUUAUCCGAGUUUUUCGGACGUGAUGUCGCGACUGUCACGGACGAUGGAGUCGGGAAGUGAGCCGGGGAGGUACUGAAGACAUCUCUCUCCCCCGGGAGAGUCCUCCCUCCCCCCGGGGCGAUGCGGAUCUCCUUCCUCCUUCUCACCGCCUCUCUGUGUGCCUUGGUCCUCCUCCUAGCACCUGCCUCGGAGGGCUGCGGGCCGGGGAGGGGGUACGGCAAGAGGCGGCUCCCGAAGAAGCUCAUCCCGCUCGCUUACAAGCAAUUCAGCCCCAACGUCGCCGAGAAGACCCUGGGAGCCAGCGGGAGACCCGAGGGCAAAAUAACGCGCAACUCCGAGCGCUUUAAAGAACUGACGCCGAAUUACAACACAGAUAUUAUCUUCAAGGAUGAGGAGGACACGGGCGCAGACAGGCUCAUGACCCAGCGUUGUAAAGACAAGUUAAACUCUCUGGCCAUCUCUGUGAUGAACAUGUGGCCGGGUGUUAAGCUGAGAGUGACCGAGGGCUGGGAUGAGGAUGGUCAUCAUUCAGAGGACUCACUGCACUAUGAGGGACGGGCUGUCGACAUCACCACAUCAGACAGGGACAGAAAUAAGUAUGCCAUGUUGGCCCGGCUGGCAGUAGAAGCUGGAUUUGACUGGGUCUACUACGAGUCAAAAGCCCACAUUCACUGUAGUGUCAAGUCAGAACAUUCUGUGGCAGCAAAAACUGGUGGCUGUUUCCCAGCUGAUGCUCAGGUUAUCCUCAAGGGCGGGACUACUAAAAAAAUGUUCGACCUUCAACCUGGUGACAGCGUCUUGGCUUCUUCAAUGAUAGAUGGUCAUGGUCCCCUUCUCUACAGCCCGGUCUUAUCCUUUCUGGACCGCCAGCCCAACGUGACAAAGACAUUCUACGUUAUUGGCACCGAUACAGGACUUAAUAUUACUCUCACAGCUGCUCACCUGAUCUUUGUCACAGACUGCACAGGUGGGCUGAGUGAGCCAAAGCGGGGAGAGACAGCUGAGGGGCUGCUUUUGGACUCCGUACGGGAGGGUGGGCCUAACUGGGAAGCAGGCUUGAAGACAAGUUUUGCCAGUGAGGUGCGGCCUGGACAAUGCGUACUUACAUCACAAGGGAAAGUGGGGUCACAGGGGACACUUUCAGUCGUGACUUUUGUGGAAGAACAGAGGAGCACCGGGUUGUAUGCCCCACUAACCCAACAUGGGUCUAUAGUGGUGAACGGUGUGCUGGCAUCCUGCUAUGCUGCUGUGGACAAUCACUUUUUGGCCCACUGGGUCCUGGCCCCACUGAGGUUCUUCUACAGCCUGAUGGGACCCUCAGAACCGCAGACCGACGGCCUGCACUGGUACCCUUGGCUUCUACAGAGGCUGGGGCAAAUGCUGUUGGACGCUGGACACUUCCACCCCUGGGGGGUCGAGCAAGAACAAAGAUAGGAGCCACAAAGACAUGUUUCACACUGAUGACAUCAUUCACUCACCUGUAUUCAGGAGCACCAAAGCACAGAUUGAGGGACCACCAAAGACAAUUGAUUUUAUAGUGACUUGUUUUUAACCUACUUGCCUGUAUUUGCUGUACUUCUUUUUGUUGCACAUUUCAAUUGUAUGAAAUAGAAAAGAUUGGAAAGAUUUGUUUUAUACUUUUGGUCAUUUCAAUUUUAUUAAUUCCAGAAGGUUUAGACGACUGAAAUGACAAUCAAAGACAGUUCUGUAAGUGUUUGAUUGAAUACUGAAUACCAACAGAAACGCUAACAUAAUGCUGCAUUCCAUUUACCUUAGAAGUCGGAGGUCGGAGCUGGGAAUCAUGUCACACAUGAGUUGAUUGUGUUUCAGUACAACAAGGCAGACACAAUGUUAGCAAAACUGAUCAAGCCAGGCCAGCCAUUGUUAGCAAUACCAAUUUAUAACAACGCAUAACGCUGUAUUUUGCAUAUAGCAACAUGUCCAGUGAUAUAAGUUGGACAAGACUGUGUGUAUGACUGUUUUAGUGAGACACAAGUAAGACAGAAGUGCUAACAAACAGUAUACUGCCACAGCAUUCACUACUUUCGAUGCAAGGAGCUGCCAUAUUGGAUUUUGAGGUUGAGUUGAGAAGGUCCCUCUGACUUUUCUAGAGGGAAAUCCAACGUCAGUGAGCAUUCCUGUUGUAAUUUAUAAAUGGAAACGUGGAAAUUCAGACUUCUCAGUACAAAAGAAAUGUGCCAUCAGUUCUCUCUAAGUCAACAUGUUAAGUUCCACUGUGAGCACCUCGGAGAUCAAAACCAGGGACUGAGGUUCAAAACGAGACCUUUCAUAAAAACCGAAAAGAAGCAAGUGAAGACAAUCAAAUUUCAUCAUUCCUUUGUACUGUAUUUACUGUAAUCUGUCAAUAUGUGUGCAGCUUAACAUCACGCUGGAGCUAGAGGGAAUUUAAAUAUACAGACACAUUUUGUGACAUAUUUGGGCAGCUUCAGGCUCCAGAGGAAAGAUUAAGGUGAACAUACGAAGGACACAUUUGAGGGGGAAAGAAGAGAAUAGCGUAGAGAAAAGUAGCGACUGAACAAGGUGUGAUUUAAAGCUCUCUAUGUAAAUAUAUUUAUACUGUUAAGUGAUGUAAAAAAAGUAAAGAAAGAUAACAAACACACUUUACUGUCAAAAUCAUUACUGCAGUAAACCCACUGAUUCUAUUUAGAGCUUACUAUACUGUAUAUUGGAAUUAAUUUACAAACUAAUAUUUAACUGGACAAUAGGGGAUGAGGUUUUGUGUAUUAACUGAGCAGCGAUUUGCUGGUGUUGCAUUAUAGCUUCACAUCUGAUAAAAAAUGCUAUUGAAUGACAGGGAAUGAUGAUGGACACUGUGUGUACACUUAUGAUGCAAGAUAGGUGCAUGGGGUUGUAACGGCCACGUUGUCAAUCUAUUUUCCAAGUACGUCAUCUGCUUUCAGUCAACUUGAUUGUCUCAAACUUAUUCAUAUAUUCAUCUUCAUGUUCUUAUCAGUUAUUUUUAUUUAAAAUGUGUUUUUUUUUAUGACGUUUUAAUUGUUUUGGGUUUCAGUUUUCAGGUCAGUGGUAUCUAGGGAAGGUAUACACAACACUCAGGCUGUAUUCAACUACUGUAUUAAGCAACAGCUAUGCAUCGUAUUAAAUAACGGAUAGCAAAUCUCUUUCAUUUUGAAUAGUAAGUUACUUGGUUGCUCUCCUUUGCAUGGUCUUUUUUGUUUCCCAUCUAACACCAAGAUCUGUAUUGGCAGAGGUACAGACAUUUUGGUUUUUGACACUACGGGAAGUAGAUGUGAUGGAGGCUGAAUGGAUAAACGUGUAGUUUGUAUUGUCAGAAGUGUUCUUCCAGUCGUCAUUUAUUAUGAAUAUGAGGCGGUAUUCUACAUUCCUUCUUAAAGAUUUGUCACAUAUGUAUAUUAAGCUAUUGUUGAAGAGACUAUUUAAAGAUCUAUUUUUAGAAAUACUGUAAACUAUUGUUAUUUUCAGCAACUCUGUGCAUACAGUUUGUAUUUGAAACAUAAAGUUGUUGUUUUCAAACCAAA